AUGGAACUGAAACAAGAAAGAGAUUUGUCAGUGGACAAGGCAACGGUUAAAUUUAAGGGACAUUCAAGGUAUGAAACAGCACAUGCCGAUGAAGCUGGUGAAAUAGGAAAUCAAAGUGUGAGUUUUAACAAAAGCAUCUGGCAGCUUUGUUAGUAAAUUUCAGGUGUAUACAGGGAAAAGACAAGAUGGCCUUGCAGAGCAGAACUUAGGUUAUCAUGUUGUUCAUGAUUUCUCACAGAACCUGACAGUAAAAAGUCACCAUGACUUUUCAACAACUUUUUCUCAGCUAUCAAGUUUGCGGAAGAUCUUUUAGAGGACGGUAUCUAUUCUUGUGCAUUUGAGAGAGCAGACAGCAAGGAACUUGUCACAAACAAUUGCAAUCGAUCUAGCAUACAAGGCAAGGAGAGGCAGUCUUUCGCAGAGAAACAAUGUGGUUGCAACAGUGUGGAAAGACAAAAAAAGUGUUCCAUUUCAUUAGCACUCAAAGCAAUCCAGUCAGAAAUGAGACAGUGAACCGUAUAGAGUGUGACAGAACAAUUAUUCAUAAGCAGUGUCCCUAUUGUAAAAAGCUACAAGAGAAGGGUAAGAAUUGAUCCACCUGAGCGGCUCCCCAACUAUUAUGCCAUUGGAAACAAGUCUUGAAAGUAGUACUUAUUUCUGGUUUUGUUUGGAUUUAGGA